AUGCGUUUUAUGCAUGAAAUCGAGGAGCUCAAACCUGGGAAAACCCUCGUGGUGUGCGACUACAUGAUGAAACUCCUGCUUCAGAAGUUCAGAGAACCCCAAAGAGAUUGGUAUGCAAAGAAAGGCGUAUCGUUACAUGGAAGUAUGUUUUUUUACAAGCGUUCCGAGUCGUCAGACAUCGAAGUUGAAAUUCACGAUGUGUUUUCCAAUGGCGUCUGUGUUCAAAACUGGUAUUUUACAGCCAGUGCCUUCGAAGCAACCAUCAAAAACUUCACUUCAAAACACGAUGACAUAACAUCCCUCGUGAUCUGGCCUGACAAUGGUCCUCAUUACCAUAAUACGUCAAUAAUUCUGUGGCUAAUGCGUUUUCCAGAACUAUGCCCAAUCAAACUCGAAAGAUAUUCUUUUUUCGAAGCACAAAAAGGAAAAACAUCGUUAGAUUCCCAUUUUGCCACUUUUAAGUUUGUUCUUAGAGGAUGGAUGAACAAAGGAAAUGAUAUACUAAGCAGUGAAGAUAUUGUAAAUGGAACGAAGGACCACCUAAAGGGAACGCACGUGUAUGAAAUACACAUUGAUAGAUCCAGGGAACCGAAAAGUGCAAACACAUGGAACGGGAUUUCGAUGUUUGGAGACUUUACAUUUGUCUACAAUAACAGGCAAUGCAUCGCAAUCGAUGUUAGGGAGCAAACCAGUAAAUGUGAUGGAAAGGCUAAGCGCUUUGAAAGAAAGAAAUUGUUCGAACUGUGGCCCAAUUACCUAAAGUCGGAUACGAUCUCGACUGGAGUGACAUCUGAUUCUAAUGACACAGAUGAAAGUGGUGUACAACCCGUUUCCUAA